AUGAGCGGAGCGUCGUCUUCUCCUCGCUCCGUAAAUUCCGACGCUUCCACGUCGAAUUUAGGGAAUCGAAGGGGUGGACGUCAUGUCGAGCAGGUGUUUUCGAACGUCUCGGCGUUUGAUGUACUGCAACCGCUUCCAUUGACGGCCGCAGGACGUCCCUCUCUCUUUGGCAACGAGGUGGAGAUCUAUAGUGAAGAGCAUAUUGGUCUGUACGAUCGCACCUUCAAGACACCGCAUAUUCAUGGCCGCUGUUCCGUUACAACGCACCGCCUUUUCUUCACGGACGUAACGUGCACUCCCCCCGUGGCAUUCUUUGUACCAUUGGAGUGGAUUGGCCGUAUCGCGAAAGAAGCAGGUUUCUUGCAACGUUCGGCUAAAGUACGGAUAGACGUCACGACCCGUACGCCACCUAUGGCCACUUCUUUUUUCAAGUUAUCGUUUAAAGACGGUGGACGUGACGAUUUCUAUACUCCACUGACAGCUUCGCUUAAACGAAAGGCAUGGAAAGACACACAACCUAGUAUUUUGGCUGAUAGACGACUUGUGAAGAGACAGUUUAAUGCCGCGGACGCUGGUAUUGGAGGAAUUAUACGUCGUCAGCAGGAGGCGCAGAAAGAGACGACGGAAUUGGCGGCAACGGCAUUCUCCGAUUUGGCAAACCUGAUGGUAAAGGCCAGAGAUAUGGUUGAUUUGAUUGAACGAUACGUGGAUACGCAGAAAGCGGGCGAGUCGGCAGGAGAGGAUGCUCAGACAUCUAGAGAAGAAGAUAUCAAUAAACUCAGCUCGCUGAUGCUGGAGAUGGGUAUUACCAGUCCGGUCACGCGAGAGAAUUCUGGUGCAGCAUACUACGAGCAACUUGCACGACAGCUUGCGGAGUACCUUAGUGACCAUAUGCCACGGAACGGAGGGAUAAUGACUCUUUCGGAUAUCUAUUGCAUGUUUAAUAGAGCACGCGGUGUGGAACUAGUAUCUCCGGAUGAUCUGUACCAUGCAGCACUGCUGCAAAAAAAGCUGAAACUCGGAUAUAGCAUGCGCAACUUUCCCGGUGGACUCAUUGUGCUACAAACAGACUCACAUCAAGAAGGCAUAGUAGCCGAACGGCUCGCAAAGAUGGCGCAAAAAUCCAGCUCCGGCUACAUCACUUCGACUGACGUAUCGGUGGAGAUGCACACGUCGUUUCCAUUAGCUUGGGAGUAUCUGAAGGUAGCAGAGGGUCUUGGAAAGCUGUGCCGGGACGAAACAUUUGAGGGUACCAACUUCUAUCCCAACAAGUUUGACCAGUUUGUUCAAGACACUGAAGCUACGUUGACACUGUAG